AUGCAAUUGCUUCUGCUGCUAUUCUUCUUGGGCACAAUUGCCAACGAUUCAGCGUUUGGAUUUAGCUGCGAUGGAGGCUGCAGUGGCCAUGGCGCAUGUCAGCGUUCAACUGGUCGCUGCACUUGCUUUCCAGGUUAUGGCGGGGCUACGUGUGCUUCGAGACUUUGUCCAACGGGAGCUGCCUGGGUAGAUCGAGCAUGGGCAGUCGACAAGGCCCACCAACCUGCUGAAUGUUCCGCUAUGGGUCGUUGUGAUCGAUCCACUGGUACUUGCACUUGUGAGUCAGGAUUCGAAGGAGUGGCUUGCGAGCGUUUAUCGUGCCCCAAUCUGUGCUCGGGCAAUGGCCGGUGCAUCAGUAUGCGCGAUGCUGCAACCAUACAAGACGACCGGAACUUCUUUGUGAGCACAACUUACUCUUUGUGGGACGCUGACAAGAUCAUGGGAUGUCAGUGCGAUCCCGGCUUCACUGGCUUUGAUUGUUCCCAACGAGAAUGUCCCAAAGGUGACAACCCCUUAACUACCGGACAAGUUGAUGCUAUUCAAGAUAUUACUUGUACAUGCAAUAGUUGCAGUGGCACCUUCGCUCUAUCAUUCCGAGGUCGAGUGACUGCAAAUCUCGCGUCAACGGCCACGUCGAGUGACUUGAAAACGGUGCUGGAAGCUCUUGAUAAUAUCUACGGAGUUAGCGUUGUAGCUGGUACGCCGCUGUGUUCAAUUGGUGGAACUACCACAUCGAUUACGUUCACGAAUAAUCCAGGAGAUCUGCCGAAGCUGCAAGUGAUAAAUAACCUCUCGAAUGGUGCCACAGUUACUGUACUAACCAGUCAAACUGGUACCCGUGAGAACGCGUAUUGCUCGAAUCGUGGCAAUUGCGACUUCGCCACUGGAGUGUGUAAAUGUAUUGCCGGGUUUACUAGUGGCAAUGGUGCAAUGCCUCCGUCCGCAGGGAGAAGAGGAGACUGUGGUUACCAGUCUGGAACAGCAAUCUGUCCAUCUACUAACCUUGGUGUAUGCGAUACUAAGGGCACUUGCUCCGCUGCAACAUCGUACGAAUGCAUCUGCUAUACCGGAUAUACCAGUCAUGAUUGUUCCAUACGCGAGUGCCCUAAAGGAGCUGCAUGGUUUGAUGGCGCUACAGCUCCAGAUACGGCACAUGCUAUGACAGAAUGCUCAGGAAGAGGCUCGUGUAACACGGCCACAGGUGUCUGCACGUGUCUAGCACCUUUUACUGGUGCAGCCUGCGACUUUAUCCGUUGUCCGACUGGUACAUCGCUAGUUUAUGGAGUUACUUGUAGUGGUCGAGGCACAUGUAAGAGUAUCCAACAACUUACCUCCGAGGCAACAGAUCUACAGGGAAAUCCUCUAGGACUUACGUAUGGUGCAACUCCCAAUACACCGGCGACGUGGGAUGCUACGAAGAUUCAAGGCUGUGACUGCGAGACGAAUGAUUACUUCGGACCAUAUGAGAACGCCUUCGGAGACUUUACUGGAGCUCACGAUUGCUCUGCGCGGAUGUGUCCAAGGGGAGCGGAUCCAUUUGAAGUCGGAAAAGUGAAUGAAAAGCAGACGUUAACAUGUACAGCUGACGGUGGUGAGUUCACGCUCACUUUUCGAGGAGAGACGACGCCUGUGAUUCCGUUUAACGCUGGAACUGCACAAGUCCGAUCCACACUCCAGACGCUUGAGAGUGUGCGCACUGCUACGAUUACUUUUGACUCAGGGUCCGUUGUCUGCUCUGCUUCCGGCGUCACAACAACUGUCGAGUUUACAUUUAUGCAAGGUGAUCUGUCGCCGCUGAGUGUUGAUGCUUCAGCGCUUACACUUGCAGGAAAUCCAGGUACGAUGCCAGUGGCGGAGCUUGUGAAGGGAACCAAGGCGAAUAUCGAGUGUUCAGCGCGUGGUGUCUGUGACCGAUCGACUGGCAUUUGUGAUUGCUUCCCGUACUUCCUGAGCUCCGACGGCGCUGGUGGCCUUGGUCGUCGAGGAGAUUGCAGCUAUAUAUCUCCGUACCCCAGCGUCACGCUCUCGUAAAAAAAAAAAACCCUCCGUAAUUCAACAGCAAUUCACUUGUUAAACCUCGC